AUGGUUGACUGUGGUCCAUCGUGUGCCGUCCCAUCCUGUGCCUCCACCCCCACUGUUGGCUUUGGAUCAGCUGGAGGUCUUGGCUGGGGAGGCUGGGGACAAGGAGGUCUUGGCUGGGGACAAGGAGGCCUUGGCUGGGGACAAGGAGGCCUUGGCUGGGGACAAGGAGGUCGUGGCUACGGUGCUGUUGAAUCAUCUGGCAGUCUUGGCACUCUGGCUGGGGUCAGGCCUUCCUGCAUCAACCAGAUCCCACCAGCCGAAGUUGUGAUUCAGCCACCCCCAACUGUGGUGACCAUCCCAGGGCCAAUUCUGUCAGCAAGCUGUGAGCCUGUUUCUGUGGGAGGCAACACACCAUGUGCAGUUGACCAGUGCGGUUAUGGUGGCUGGGGCUAUGGCCUGGGAAGACGGGGCUUCCUGAGGAAUAAAAGUCUCAUUGGGCGUCGUGCUAGCACCUGUGGAUAUCCCUGUUAA